CUAUCUUGAACACCUUAUCUUCCUCAAGAAAAGCCACAUUGUCAUUGCUCCAAGAGAAUUUUCAAGGCCUCACAAUCCUUCAUGGCUAAGUAAGAUUAGCACUUCUAGCUAAUAUAUUGUUGUAUUUAUAUAUCUUAGGUUUCGUCUGGAACAACUUUUUUACUGCUUCUUAAAACAGCUCUAAAAAGCUGACACAAACGAAACCUUAUAUCUUAUCAAGAUUACAAGCUGUUUAUAUAUAUUAAAAAAAGAAGAAUGUACACAUGCAGAUGGUGGACAGAGAAGACAGUGGCUAUUGUGACCGGAGCAAACAAAGGGAUAGGUUUUGCUAUUGUGGAGAAGCUUGCAGAGCUCGGAUUAAUGGUGGUUCUCACUUGCAGGAAUGAAAUCAAAGGGAUAGAAGCGGUUCUUUGCUUAGCCAAGAGAGGCCUCACUGUUGAGUUCUGCAAAUUAGAUGUUACUAGCCAUGAAUCAAUCUCCAAGUUUGCUUGCUGGCUUAAUGGCAGAUUUGGAGUUCUUGAUAUUCUUGUGAAUAAUGCUGGUGUGUCAUUUAAUGAGAUUGAUAGCAACAAUGUGGAGAAGGCAGAGCUUGUGAUCAGAACAAACUUCUAUGGGCAGAAGAUGCUCAUUCAGGAGCUUCUACCGAUGUUCCGGCGGUCGGCGGCGACGAAGAGUAGGAUACUCAAUAUCAGCUCCCAGCUUGGCCUUCAAAAUAAAGUGAGUAAUCCAGCACUGAAGAACUUGCAGAAAGAGGAAGAAAUCUCUGAAGAGAAGAUAGACUAUAUGCUAAAUAAAUUCGUUGAAGAUGUGAAGAAAGGAACCUGGAAGGAAGCUGGAUGGCCUAUGAUUUGGACUGAUUACUCUGUCUCCAAGCACGCAGUAAAUGCUUACUCCAGAUUGCUCUCUAAGCAGCAGAAAGGCCUAAACUUGAGCAUUAAUUGUUUCUGUCCGGGAUUCACAAAGACGGCCAUGACUGGAGGAAUGGGAACUCAUACUGCACAAGAAGCAGCUGAGGUUGCAGUUAGAGUUAUUCUGCUUCCACCUGAAAAAUUGCCCACUGGAAAGUUCUUUAAAUGGCUCAGUCCAUCGUUGUUCUCUAUGUUGUAGAAGAAAGGUGACAAAUAAUUUAUUGAGUGCAGACUACAGAAGUACACAGAUGGAAUACACAAUCAGUUCAGAAUUUGCAUAUAAAUUAAUCAUUACAUAUAACUUUAGGCAAGCAUUUGAGUCCCAGGUUUAUACUAAGAAUGAUAAUCCUUGUAUAAAGGAUCAUGUAGCCACGCCCCUUAAGGGAUUCUGCCCUUCUAAUGUUUCUCCUUUGCUUCUUCAUUCUACCCCUUACCUACCUCUUAUGGCAUUCAUUCAUCCAACUUUUGUAGCUUGUCUUCUCUCUACCAAAAUGUUAUUAUCAUAUAUCAAAUUCAUCUAAUUCUAGUUGUCUUUUUUAAUCACAUAUAGAGAGCUUCAUAUGAUUUGUUCUAAAUUCAAAAUCAAUGAUUUCAAUUUAGAUUUUAGCCAAGUAUUAGACAAGUCCAUUGGACCGGUCUAGCCAAUCCUACAAGACCGGGCCAUGCGAAACAAUCGGAGAAGUUCCACCUCCUGUAUGCUCGAUUUGACCACCCAAGUCUGACAAAGCUGUUUAGGAAGGUUUUUGAU